UAGGGGAGGGGUAGGGGGAGAGCAAACUGAGGUGUUGGUGGAUGUAGCUGUGUGCCGGGGGGUGAGCUACCUAACCCGGGCUGCUCCGCUGAAACAUCCAUGGGUGGCUGUGUCGGGAGCCACCACGACUCUUCGGGAAGCUUGAACGAGAACUCGGACGGCACUGGAGUAGCUCUAGGGCGUAACCAGCCCCUGAAGAGAGAGCGGCCUAAAUGGAAAAGUGACUACCCGAUGACUGAAGGCCAGCUGCGCAGCAAGAGAGAUGAGUUCUGGGACACGGCGCCAGCCUUCGAGGGCCGAAAGGAGAUCUGGGAUGCCCUUCGGGCCGCAGCCAGCGCCUUCGAGAGCAACGACCACCUACUGGCACAGGCCAUCCUGGACGGUGCCAGCAUCACACUGCCUCAUGGAGCUCUGACCGAAUGUUAUGAUGAGCUGGGUAAUCGAUACCAGCUGCCGGUCUACUGCCUCUCCCCUCCCGUCAACAUGAUCGAGGAACGCUCUGAUGACCCUGACGGUUCAGACCCAGACUCUGGAGCGGCAGACCCAUCCGCAGUCAGUUCCGGUGACCCCGGCUCAGGAAGCGAGUGCCAGCUUCGGCUCCGGCUUUCCACGGGGCGGGACCUUCGCCUGGCAGUUCGCUCAACGGACACAGUUGGCAUGAUGAAGCGCCGAUUGCAAAGUCAGGAAGGCGUUCCUGCCGCCACCCAGCGCUGGUUUUUCUCAGGACGGCCACUGACAGACAGGCUUCGCUUAGAUCAGCUGAACAUCUCCAGGGACUAUGUGGUGCAGGUUAUCCUCAGCCAGCGUCCACCAACAGAGCCCACAUCCAAACCAGGACAUUCGCCAGAGGCUUCUGUGCCUGUGACAGUGGAAGGAGUGGCAGCACUGUCUCCAGAACCAACACCUGUGGAGAAUUGAGAGCCUUGGAGUAAAAGAAGAAGAAGAAGGACAAGAGACAUAAUAGAAUGAAGUUAACUCUUCUUCUCAUUUCUGCUCUUCUCAGCUGUUUUUGCCAAAAAGCUUUGUCUGAGUAGAGGCUGGCUGUCUGCCAGAGGUCAAAGACUCUUCUAUUGAAAAAAAAAAUCUGUUUUUUGUUGUUUUACACGGUGACCGUUUUUUGAAAUAUUUUUAACUGUUCCUAUGGAAACUAAACUACAAAAAAGAACUCUAUCAAGUGGUUUAAAGGAUUUUCUUUGAAACACUGAACUUUUAUGUUUUUCAGUUUCCAUUCAAGUUCUGCUGUCAGCAGAAUAAACUCAGUUUAUAAGGCUACAGGGUUUUAAAGUGCAUUUUUAUAUAAUGCAUAAUAUAAGUUGAAACUUUUGAGGGGAAAAAGGACAAAGCAGCACUCCCCACGGACUUGCAGGCCUUUCCCUUAACUAUGUGCAAAUGAAAUAAAGAGGAUUUUAGUCAGAGGAUUAUACUGUUGAGCUAACAGGCUGGAAUUGCAGGCUGUUUCUUCUAGAAGGGUUGGAGGUUUCAGUCAAUCACGACUGGAUGUUGUACCGAACUGCUGCUGCUGCUGGAUUCAAUACUUCACAUCACGGAACAAUCAAAUGAAUCAUGGUAAUAAACGGCUAGCUAGCCUGUGGGUACGGGUUAAAGGUCGUGCACAUGUGGGUGCCCAUUUGUUCAGCCGCUCCUAUCCAUGUGGCGAAAAGGAUAGAUGUCAGAAACGGUUGAAUAUUUUGAUUAAAAAUCAAAUGUUUUUAAUUCAAA